GGAGCUGUUUGCUUGCUUACUUGCUUGCUCCCCUUGGCUUGUUUAGCCUGCUUUCUUAUAGAACCCAGGACCACAUGUCCAGAGAUGGCCCCACGCACCAUGACCUUGCCCUCCCCAUUGACCACUAACUGAGAAAAUGCCUUACAGCUGGAUCUCACGGAGCCAUUUUCUCAACUGAGGCUUCUUCCUCUCUGAUGACUAUAGCUUGUGUCAAGUUGACACAAAAUCAGCCAGUACAAUAAUAUUUGAUUUUAAAGUCUUACUAGAUAGAAGAGAUUAGACUACAAUGGGAGCACAGAACCAAUUCAUGCCAGCUGUGAAGUUUUCAAAUCCAACAUGAAUGCUCACUUUUCACUUGACUUUACAGUUUCUAGUUAGGUGAAGUAAAAAGUAGUUGAAGAUUAUCUGAAGCAAGUUCCUUACUUUGUAUGUUUGUUAGUAUCAUCAUUCUGUGGAAACUGCUUUUACUUCUCACUGUUACCAUCUUCUAAGAGAUGUAUGUCAUGACAGGCUGUAGAAUUAUAUUUAUGUACUUAACCUCAAAUAAUCCUUUAACAGUGUUCCAAGGCUUCCUCACCUACUGUGAUAUAAAAAGAAACAGCCACAGUGUCGUGUGUACAAUAUGAUGAUACCAAAUAUGCUAUCAGACUUGAAAACUAGCCUAGAAAUCCAAGUACUAUGGUAUAUCUCUAAUCUUGGGUACUUAAGAGGCUAAUGCAAGAGUAUCUAUGAGUUCCAGACUAGCCGGGCAAUGUAGUAACAGUAAAUUUGUCUGUCUGUCUCACUCCUUCUUCACCCCUCCUUCCUUUCCCUCUUCUUCCUUCACUCCCCUCUCAAAGGAAAAAAAAAAAAAAAGGCCUAUCCUAGAAAAUGUUUAACUUUUCAGACCGUUUUGUGGUUGAAAUCUACUGAAGCCCAUUUCUCCUUUUUAUCUUUAUUAUUUUUCUUAACUAGGUAUUUUUAUGUAAAAUAGCAUUUCAAGUCUUGGCAUUACGUUGUUUUAUUUUAUUCUGUUAGCACAGUAACUUUAGGAAGAAAGUAUAGUAUAUGUUAUUUUUCAUACUUUGCUGAUGACGAAUCUAGUGACGGGAGUUACAUGGUGAGUGAUGCCUGCUAAGCAAUCAGAUUCAUACUACAGCUACAGUCAGAAGUGCAUGUGGUUCGUCCUGCACCGCAGUCCUUUUAGUCACAUUUAAUGUGGUGACUUAUCAUUCCUAGAGAUUAAUGCAUCAGGAAUCUUUGACCAACAAAUACAUAAUUUAUACUAGAAUUAUUAUUGUACUGCCAGCCUAUGAAAGAGAACAAUAAUGCAUUAAUUUUCAUAAUUAUUUUGCUUUAUAUUGUGUCUGAACAUUUCAUAAAAUGAGUGAUAAUGGAAAAGAAACACAUCGUUAUGAAAAAGAAUGAUUUAAUAUGCAAUUGCCCUCUCUAAAUAGAUGCAAUAGAAUAGCACCAGUGGUCCAUGCCUCAGGAAUAUAAUAAAAGAUUUUUCCCUCACAGCUCAGUUUAGGGCCAUAUAUAGAAUACUGCAGAGGAGAAUACUAUUUCAGCAAUCCAUAUAUUGAUACCGUUCUUAAGUCCUUAUCCCAUAAGUCCUUUUGGAAGCUAUCCUACUAUCCAGUGGAGGGGAAGGAACUAUUCUGGAUUCUUGAGAGGUGAGGAAAAACUACAUAGAAAAAGGUUUUUCCAGUCUAAAUAGAGAGUUAGGCCUUUCGAAGCAUGGGGUGGAACAGUAACCUUAUCACAUCAAAAUGAUACAGUAAUUUCUUUGUUGUGAAUGAAGGAAAUAAGCAUCUUUAGUGAAGUUGGUAUCUUUGAACCUUCUUGUAUGUAAAGGGAAUCCAAUAGCAUAUCUGUCUUUGAAACUGGUAUCUUUCCAAUUUCAUGAGUCAGUCUGUUGAUGCUGCUGCAGUUUUUAGUGUAUCUGAUGUAUAUCAUCUAAAUAAAAGGUAUUUGAUCUAAAUAUAUCUGAGUAUUUAAAAACAACUUUUGGUUGUCUUAGAUUCUAGGUAAUUCUUACAUUGUAGCUAUAUAUUGGUGUCUGAUUUUAAAAUCUGACCCAAUAUAUUAUGAAGAUACUGCAGAUUUAUGUAUUAGCUUUCAAAGUACUAUAUUGAUCCUUUAAAUUGCCUUAUUAUAGUUUGGGGGGGCGGGUUGUAGCUGUUAACAUAGCUACUAUAUUUUGCAAUGUGUAUUUACACAACUCAGAGUCAGAAAUUCAAGAAUUUAGAUUCCUAAAGAGAAAUGAGAGGAGUUUGUAGCUUUAAGGCACGAGAUGCUUACAGCUUUUUAAUAUAAAUUGCUCCCAGAAUCCAUGUCACAGCUCCUUCUAUGGUGCUGCUUUUUCCCCCUUUCUCUUGGUUGCUAUGACAACAGCAGCACUGCGCCAUUCAUCAGCUUUGGACCUAGGCUGCACUGUUAGUCUUCCGUGUUACUCCUGAAUGUUAAGAACAUCCGUGAAUCAUUCACUCUGGUUAACACUGCGCCAUUAGAAACCUCAGAACCAGUUCUUCAGCAAUUUUCUGUAGCAGAAGAGUAAACUAAACUGCGCCACAGAGAGAACCUGUAUAAAAAAUAUUUCUCUCAAAUGGAAUCAUACAAUCUAUUUGCUGCAGUAUUGUGGAAAAAAAUAACUUCAUGUCAAGCAAUCUAAUGAAAAGAUCUCAUCUGUAUAAUAUUUCUUGAAAUCAUUAGAUGUUCAAAACAGGUACAACAGUGCUUGCUUAUGUGGAUACAGAAGGAAGCAGGUGAUGUUGUUAGGGGCUGUAAGCCCCUUCGGGAGCAUCUCUUGUGCAUUGGGACUAUAAUCAACAUCUGCUAGAAGAAGUGUCACCUGUGAGGCAUAGUAAGUUCUGGGCAGUAAGAAGAGCUGCCUGGAGAAGAUUAAAGUGUGGAUCAUUACUAAUGUGCCAGCACGAGAACAUGGCCAGUGAAUAAGCCUGGAAAUGGGAAGCAAACUGCAAAGUAUUGACAGAUGAGGAAGGAAGAGUAAAGUCUCCCCUCUGAGGAAGGCAAAGUUUGUUGAGAGCCCACGAAUUCCAGAGUCCGAGCUUGGCUCCCCAACCCUCACUUCAGCUCAGAAACUGGACGUGGAUGCAUACUGCCCUGAUGAUGUUGAACAGGAACUUGGGCCACCUCCAUCUGUAGAUGAGGCAGCAAACACACUCAUGACUCGUCUGGGUUUCCUCCUUGGAGAGAAAGUCCCGGAAGUACAGCCAGGUGACCAGUACAGCAUGGAGGUACAGGAUGAAAAUCAGACCUCAGCAAUCACCCAGCGGAUAAGCCCCUGCUCCACACUGACUAGCAGCACUGCCUCUCCACCAGCCAGCAGCCCCUGCUCCACGCUCCCGCCAGUCAGUACCAAUGCAGCUGCCAAGGACUGUAGCUAUGGGGCUGUCACCAGCCCAACCUCCACCCUAGAAAGCAGGGACAGUGGCAUCAUUGCUACAUUGACAAAUUAUUCGGAAAACAUGGAGCGUACAAAAUAUGUUGGGGAAAGCAGUAAAGAAUUGGGAUCUGGAGGAAACCUAAAACCAUGGCAAUCUCAGAAAUCCAGCAUGGACUCCUGUCUGUAUCGAGUAGAUGAAAACAUGACUGCCUCCACAUACAGUCUCAAUAAGAUCCAAGAGAGGAAUUUGGAAACGGUUUUAUCCCAAUCAGUACAGUCUAUUCCUUUGUAUCUCAUGCCUCGGCCAAACUCAGUAGCAGCCACCAGCUCUGCCCACUUGGAGGAUCUUGCUUACCUGGAUGAGCAGAGACAUACUCCUUUAAGAACUUCUCUUCGAAUGCCAAGACAGAGUAUGGGUGGUGUUCGUACACAGCAGGAUCUAAGAGUUCGCUUUGCACCUUACAGACCUCCAGAUAUCUCCCUGAAGCCCCUACUCUUUGAAGUGCCCAGCAUCACCACAGAGUCAGUGUUUGUUGGCAGAGAUUGGGUAUUCCAUGAGAUCGAUGUUCAGCUUCAGAGUUCAAAUGCCAACGUGAACCAAGGAGUAGUGAUUGUGGGAAAUAUUGGGUUUGGCAAAACUGCCAUCAUUUCCAGACUGGUGGCCCUCAGCUGCCAUGGUACACGGAUGAGACAGAUCGCCUCUGAUAGCCCACAUGCCUCCCCUAAACAUGUAGACGCCAACAGAGAGCUACCACUCACCCAGCCGCCUUCAGCCCAUUCAUCUAUUACCAGUGGAAGCUGCCCAGGAACUCCAGAAAUGCGCAGACGGCAGGAGGAGGCCAUGCGAAGACUUGCCUCACAGGUGGUUGCCUAUCACUAUUGCCAAGCAGAUAAUGCCUACACCUGCCUGGUACCAGAAUUUGUCCACAAUGUUGCUGCCCUGCUCUGCCGCUCACCUCAGCUGACAGCUUACCGGGAGCAGCUUCUUCGGGAGCCUCACUUGCAAAGCAUGCUAAGCCUCCGGUCCUGUGUUCAAGACCCCAUGGCCUCCUUCCGGAGGGGAGUCCUAGAGCCUCUGGAGAACCUCCACAAAGAGAGAAAAAUCCCAGAUGAAGAUUUCAUCAUUUUAAUUGAUGGAUUAAAUGAAGCAGAAUUUCACAAACCGGAUUAUGGGGAUACAAUAGUAUCGUUUCUGAGUAAAAUGAUUGGAAAUUUUCCUUCUUGGCUCAAACUAAUUGUAACAGUUAGGACCAGUUUACAGGAAAUUACCAAGUUGCUGCCUUUCCAUAGGAUUUUUUUGGAUCGACUAGAAGAGAAUGAAGCCAUAGACCAAGACCUGCAGGCUUACAUCCUGCACCGGAUUCACAGCAGCUCAGAGAUUCAGAAUAACAUCUCACUUAACGGCAAGAUGGACAAUACUACAUUUGGCAAACUCAGUUCUCACCUCAAGACCCUCAGUCAAGGGUCUUAUCUAUACCUGAAACUAACAUUUGACCUCAUAGAGAAAGGCUACCUAGUGCUAAAGAGCUCUAGCUACAAAGUGGUUCCUGUCUCACUCUCUGAGGUUUAUUUACUCCAGUGCAAUAUGAAGUUCCCAACUCAGUCUUCCUUUGACCGGGUGAUGCCUCUCCUGAAUGUGGCAGUGGCCUCUCUCCACCCACUUACUGAUGAACAUAUCUUCCAGGCCAUCAAUGCUGGGAGCAUUGAAGGCACACUAGAAUGGGAAGACUUUCAGCAAAGAAUGGAGAACCUCUCCAUGUUCCUAAUCAAGCGCAGAGACAUGACUCGAAUGUUUGUGCACCCCUCUUUUCGAGAAUGGCUGAUCUGGAGAGAAGAAGGAGAGAAAACCAAAUUUCUCUGUGAUCCCAGGAGUGGCCACACAUUACUUGCCUUCUGGUUUUCCCGCCAAGAGGGAAAACUAAACCGACAGCAGACUAUUGAACUGGGACAUCACAUCCUCAAAGCACACAUCUUUAAGGGUUUGAGUAAAAAAGUCGGUGUAUCAUCCUCCAUCCUCCAAGGUCUCUGGAUCUCCUAUAGUACAGAAGGCCUUUCCAUGGCAUUGGCCUCUUUACGAAAUCUCUACACUCCAAAUAUAAAGGUCAGCAGACUGCUGAUUUUGGGAGGUGCCAAUAUUAAUUACCGGACAGAGGUUUUAAAUAAUGCCCCAAUCCUGUGUGUCCAGUCUCACCUUGGCUACACAGAAAUGGUGGCCCUGCUUUUGGAAUUUGGGGCCAACGUGGAUGCCUCUUCUGAGAGUGGCCUGACUCCUCUGGGUUAUGCUGCAGCAGCAGGGUUCCUGAGCAUCGUGGUGUUACUGUGCAAGAAACGGGCCAAGGUAGAUCACUUGGAUAAGAAUGGGCAGUGUGCUUUGGUUCAUGCUGCUCUGCGGGGUCAUCUAGAGGUUGUCAAGUUUCUGAUUCAGUGUGACUGGACAAUGGCAGGCCAGCAGCAAGGAGUGUUUAAGAAGAGCCAUGCCAUCCAGCAGGCCCUCAUUGCUGCAGCCAGCAUGGGCUACACUGAGAUUGUCUCCUACCUACUUGAUCUUCCAGAAAAAGAUGAAGAGGAAGUGGAGCGAGCACAGAUCAACAGUUUUGACAGUCUCUGGGGAGAGACAGCCCUGACAGCCGCAGCCGGAAGGGGCAAACUGGAUGUGUGCCGUCUGCUUCUGGAACAAGGGGCAGCAGUGGCCCAGCCAAACCGUAGAGGAGCGGUGCCCCUAUUCAGCACUGUCCGCCAGGGCCACUGGCAGAUUGUUGAUCUUUUACUUACCCACGGAGCUGAUGUCAACAUGGCAGACAAGCAGGGUCGUACUCCCCUGAUGAUGGCUGCUUCUGAAGGCCAUCUAGGAACUGUGGACUUCCUACUUGCACAAGGUGCCUCCAUUGCCCUAAUGGACAAAGAAGGAUUGACAGCCCUCAGCUGGGCUUGUUUGAAGGGCCAUCUCUCAGUAGUGCGUUCUCUGGUGGAUAAUGGAGCUGCUACAGACCAUGCUGACAAGAAUGGCCGCACCCCACUGGACCUGGCAGCUUUCUAUGGCGAUGCUGAGGUGGUCCAGUUCCUGGUGGAUCACGGGGCCAUGAUUGAGCAUGUUGACUACAGUGGGAUGCGCCCUUUGGACAGGGCAGUGGGUUGCAGGAACACUUCUGUUGUAGUCACUCUACUGAAGAAAGGAGCCAAAAUAGGUUGUCAGACGUUACCGAGUCGCCCACGAGGUCCAGCCACAUGGGCGAUGGCCACCUCCAAACCAGACAUCAUGAUCAUCCUGUUGAGCAAGCUGAUGGAAGAGGGGGACAUGUUUUAUAAGAAAGGUAAAGUAAAGGAAGCUGCCCAGCGCUACCAAUAUGCUCUGAAGAAAUUCCCUAGAGAAGGGUUUGGUGAGGACUUGAAAACCUUCCGGGAGCUAAAAGUGUCUCUCCUCCUCAACCUCUCUCGAUGUCGCAGGAAAAUGAACGACUUUGGAAUGGCGGAGGAAUUUGCUACCAAGGCCCUGGAGCUGAAACCGAAAUCUUACGAAGCAUACUAUGCGAGAGCAAGGGCAAAGCGCAGCAGCAGACAGUUUGCAGCAGCCUUAGAGGACCUGAAAGAGGCCAUCAAGCUCUGUCCAAACAACCGUGAGAUCCAGAGGCUUCUGAUGCGAGUGGAGGAGGAGUGCAGGCAGAUGCAGCAGCAGCAGCAGCAGCAGCCACCCCCACCACCCCAGCAGCCUCAGCAAGAGUUACCAGAGGAAGAAGCAGAGCCUGAGCCCCCACAUGAAGAUAUAUACUCUGUACAAGACAUAUUUGAGGAGGAAUACUUGGAACAGGAUGUUGAAAACGUUUCUAUUGGCCUCCAGACAGAGGCUCGACCCACUCAGGGGCUCCCAGUAAUCCAGAGCCCACCCUCCUCUCCAGCCCAUCGGGACUCAGCAUAUAUCUCUAGCUCACCUCUUGGGUCUCAUCAGGUUUUUGAUUUCCGGUCCAACAGUUCUGUAGGGUCUCCCACUAGACAAGGUUAUCAGUCCACCUCACCUGCUCUUUCUCCAACUCACCAGAACUCUCAUUACAGGCCAAGCCCACCACAUACUUCCCCAGCUCACCAGGGUACAUCUUACCGGUUUAGCCCACCUCCUGUGGGAGGACAAGGCAAGGAAUACCCGAGCCCUCCCCCUUCCCCCCUCCGUAGAGGCCCUCAGUACCGGGCCAGUCCUCCGGCUGAGAGCAUGAGUGUCUAUAGAUCCCAGUCUGGCUCUCCUGUACGGUAUCAGCAAGAAACAAAUGUGAGUCAGCUUCCCGGCAGACCAAAAUCUCCACUAUCCAAGAUGGCCCAGCGGCCCUACCAGAUGCCUCAGCUUCCAGUGGCAGUUCCCCAGCAAGGGCUCAGGCUACAGCCUGCCAAGGCCCAGAUUGUCCGAAGUAACCAGCCUAGCUCAGCAGUUCACUCAAGUACUGUCAUCCCAACAGGAGCCUAUGGCCAAGUAGCCCAUUCAAUGGCUAGUAAGUACCAGUCUCCACAGGGAGACAUGGGAGUGAGUCAGAGCCGAUUGGUUUAUCAGGGAUCCAUAGGGGGGAUUGUGGGAGACGGGAGACCCGUUCAGCAUGUCCAAGCCAGCCUGAGCGCCGGUGCCAUCUGUCAGCAUGGAGGAUUGACCAAAGAAGAUCUGCCACAGCGACCCUCCUCUGCCUACCGAGGUGGCAUGAGGUACAGCCAGACACCACAGAUUGGGCGUAGCCAGUCAGCAUCUUAUUAUCCAGUCUGUCACUCAAAACUAGAUCUGGAACGUUCCUCCAGCCAGCUGGGUUCCCCUGAUGUGUCACAUCUAAUCAGAAGACCUGUCAGUAUCAACCCGAAUGAGAUCAAGCCCCACCCACCGACCCCCAGGCCCCUGCUGCACUCGCAGAGCGUGGGCCUUCGCUUCUCUCCAUCUAGCAACAGCAUCGCAUCCACCUCCAACCUGACUCCCACCUUCCGGCCUUCUUCUUCAAUUCAGCAAAUGGAGAUCCCGCUGAAACCAACAUACGAUAGGUCAUGUGACGAGCUGUCGCCAGUGUCUCCCACUCAGGGAGGUUACCCCAGUGAGCCCACCCGAUCCAGGACCACACCAUUCAUGGGGAUCAUAGAUAAAACAGCCCGGACUCAACAGUACCCCCACCUUCACCAGCAGAAUCGGACCUGGGCAGUGUCAUCAGUGGAUACGGUUCUCAGUCCCACAUCUCCAGGCAACCUGCCUCAGCCGGAGUCCUUCAGUCCACCAUCAUCCAUUAGCAACAUUGCCUUUUAUAACAAAACCAACAAUGCACAGAAUGGCCAUUUGCUGGAGGACGAUUAUUACAGCCCCCAUGGGAUGCUGGCUAAUGGGUCACGUGGAGACCUCUUAGAAAGAGUCAGCCAGGCCUCCUCCUAUCCUGACGUGAAGGUGGCACGGACCCUACCCGUGGCUCAGGCAUACCAGGACAACCUGUACAGGCAAUUGUCUCGGGACUCUCGACAAGGGCAGACAUCGCCUAUCAAACCAAAGAGACCAUUUGUGGAGUCUAAUGUUUAAGAGACAUUUGUUGGAGUGAGACCCAUAUGUUUUCACUGCACAUUUUCAGGCUUGGUUUCCACAUCUGAGGUAGUUCUCUGGCUUAAUUUCUCAUGUAGUUUCUGUGUGGUGUUCAGAGGUGACAGCCCACAUGUUGAAAUCCUUUGCAUGCAGCUGACUGGGAAGCUGGCCUCUGGUGAGCCAGGACUUUCUCGGGUCUGUGCCCCAGCCACAUGCUCUCGCCCUCUCUUCCGAUGCCAACGAGGAGAUUUUUGUGCCGUGAGCUUUAACCAGGGAGAUCAGACAUACUGGUCAGCUUUUUCCAGGAGACAAUCGCUUUCCCUGAUGUCCUUGUUGUGUGAAUGUCUUUUUCCUUUUGAAAAGUAAGAUGUUCUUGUUUGUUUUCUUCUAGAAACUCUAGGAAGUGUGUGAUGCCUCUCUGUCUUGCAUUCUGAUUCAGUGUUCCACAUGGCCAGCCCCGGUGCAUUCCUGGGCAUGGUCACCUUCCCAGACUCCAGCUCCCUGCAGGCAUCGGGUCUAGAAUCUUCAUUUACUGUAUUGCUGGUCUUCCCCUGGGAUAAAAGGGUCUAGGGGAGUGUGAGAAAGCAAGCAAGCAAGCUGCUAAAUCGGAAGAAAAGACCACUAUAAUUAUUUGAAAUGUUACCAUGUUUUCCAAGAGGCAUUUUAAGAACAUUUAGUAAACAUUCAGCCCUUUAAAUAAGUUGAUCAGCCAAGGAAAUUCCAGAACUGUGGGUAUUUUUAAAGCACUCACCAAUUUUAACCAACAAUUAGCCACUAAAGGCUACUGAUUUUCCAAGGCUAGAGGAGAGAAUAGAGGAGACAUGAGGAUAAAUAUGACUGUUCUUGCUUCUCACUGGAAGAAAUCUGUCUUGGAGAAGUCUGCUUUUUAGAUCUGAGCAGACUGCUGCGGUCUGGCUGGUGCAUCUCCACCUGAAGCCAGGUGCCCUUCACUGUCUCACACCCACAUGGUGUUAGGAAGGAAAGGUUCUUGUAGAGCCUGCUUAGAUUCUCUUGGGACUGUAAGACCCAUCCCAGGGUUUCUGUCCAGGCCACUGCAUUCCAUGCCAGCUGUUAACUCCAUUUAAGACCUCUGGUUUCAUUACUCCCUGUUAAAGGAAUUAUGUCUUUAUCUAGGAGUGUUUAGGGGUAAUCUUUGAAAAUCAGAAAUGGCCAAGAGUGUUGCAGACUCCUUUGAGCCCUGGGUAGGGGCAUGAGAUGACCACAGGCCUUUUCUUCCAUCAGUGUCUACACAUCUAGGUCUUGUGGAUGUCUGCUCACCUGACUUCGGAAGAGCUGAGACAACUGUGAGGUAGGCAGCAAGAACACAGGAACCAAAGCUGCAGCACAGUCCUGUCUCUGGCUCAUGUCAGCUCUUAAAACCAAGCAACUCAGCCCAGCAAACUAACCAGGGGGUAUUGGCCCUGUGUUCCUAGGGAGCAUUUUACUCUUGUUAGUAAGGGGCUACAGGAAGGACAGUGUCUUGAACAAAACCCAGCUGUGACCUCUUUGGGAUACAGGUUCUCUGAAAGGACCUAUAAGACAUGCAGAACAUGACACUGAGAUCAAAAAACCUUUCUUCACUGAUUUAGAUAAUGCUAGUAGAUAGACCCCGAGCCUAAAAUGGAUCAGGACUCAUCUCUGUAAGCAGGACAGUUUUCGCUUUGCUAUGGAAGAAUUGCCCCGUUCUCCUAGACUAGGAUAGGCAUCGGUGAUCUCUUCCUACCUGUGCAUCCACCUGUCUGUAUCUCCAUCUCUCCCAUCUGGAAGAAGUUUAUAGCUGUGAAGUUAGCCUGUAGCUAGGAACAGCAGCUUCUUGGCUCCUGGUGUGGCCUGGACACAGCCCUGUUGGUCUCUAAGGGAGCUACCACAACCCACUAGAAAAGUGUUCCUGCCUGUUUGGAAAGCUACACUUAACUGUAGCCUUACCUGCCCAGGUGGGUUAGAAUGCCAUGCAGUCAUAUAAAUACACCACAACUGCCCCUUUCCCCCAUGGCCCCUUAUUAUUCCAGGAAAAGCAAGAGAGUUAGCGUCUCUACCCUACCUGAGAGGUCAGUGUCAAACUACAGCUCUUUCCUGGCCAUCAUACGAGAAUGACUGUCACUACUGAGUGCCAGUGGAUUUGACUAGAAAACACCAACAGGAGCUUCUUGAGGCAGGAAAAACCAAGGGUCUUCCCUAGAUGCAGACUGCCUGUGCCCUGCUUUGCUACUUCACUGCCAUGGGUUGAUCUUAGUACUGUAUUUUCAGCGUGCCCCUCCCUUCCCAGCCAUGAGCAUUUGCCAGAUGCGGCGAGCUUCAGGAUGGAAGAAAGUUUUCAAAUGAAACUGGCAAAUUCUGCUCACUCAAUCCACAUCCCCCUUAAGUAGAGACAGGUGACAAACUUCAGCUUGUAGGUUUCUCACCAAAACAUGUUCCUUUGCCCCGAACUCUUGCACUAACAGGUAUCCAUCACGUCAUGUCUAUAAAUGGGUGCACUUUACUGUUUGAAGUUGUAACUCUGAUCAAUACUGGAUAUUUAAGUGUGAUAAUGUCUUCAUUAGAAAUUAGCAGUCACUCUUGUCUCUAGUGUUUUCAAGAAAAACAAACAAGGAAAGAAGUCAAGCAGUGGAUCACAGCAUUUAUAGCACAAGAAAUAACUGUUGUAUAUAAGCCUCAAAAAGAUUAAGAAUUUUUAAACACAAGAAAAUAUUUGCAGUGAUUUUAAAGUGCUUUCCAGCAAUUUUCUUAGGGACUCCUGAGACAUGGUUCAUUUAUUUACUGGAUCAGUAAGGCACACAAGUAACAAUUAAAAUUAAUGUUUAUUUACAAAGUAAAGGGAAAACCUGUGUAACACGAGAAUUUGGCAUGGACAAAUGGAGAUCAUUUUGUAUCUGCUGUUGUGUCUGUCCAGAUUACAGAGUGCACUAUUAAAGUCCCGAGUUAAUAGAGCACAACCCUCUCGUUUCUUCCCCAGGCGCCCCUUUCUAGGUGUUUAACUGAAACUUGAUGGCUCAGGAAAAUUCCACUAAUUAGAAUCGUGUACAGUAUCCCAGGUGGUUGUCCAGAUAUCUAAGUUUCCUGGUUUUAGUUAAGCCUGGAUUAUUAAACACUUUGCCUAAAUUAUUGUAAACAGAACAGCUUAGAGAAAGGUGUUCUCAGCCCUUAUAUUGUAUAGUAGUUUAUGACCCCCUUCUAAAUAUUGGUAUUUUUAUAUUCCAGAGAUAUACCCAACAGAAAAAAAUUUAAACCAGUAUCUAAUUUAAUAUCCAUAAGUAUUUUUCCUUAGAGUUUAGUCAUGCAGUGGGAUAUGUGGAUGUCACGUGUGCUUCACCAUCCUCUACCACUAGGUGUCACUGUGGCUCUGCAUCAUACUUAGCGGGACCGGCUUGGUGGAGCUGCUGGGCAGGCCCAUAGACUGGGGGUUCAGGAGAAGGGAACAAAGACCGGAGGGCCUUCAUGCAUCCAUGCACCUGUAGCAAGACAGACUCCGAACACCACUUGCUUGGGAGGUUAAACUGAGUUCCCUUUCUCUGGUGGAUGGGUAUGUAAAGGAGCCUUUUCUCCCCAUAAGCAUCCUUUCAGUUCCACUCAGCCUCCAACUUUUAUAACUCCAGAAGUAUCGUGUUUGGGGGUUUGAUUAAAGAUAGUUAUUUUUCUACUGCAGAAAUGCCUUGGACAAACCAGUUGCUCACUGAAUCUUUGCCACUCAGUGGAACAGGCUCCCCAGUGGCAGGAUGUGCUGCCUCUGUGCCCUUCUGUUGAGCCUUCCAGUGCUCAGCAGCCCCACCCACCCUGCCUGGCUGCCCAGUUCUCAAGAAGCGGUCUGCUGCCGCCUUUACUCUGAAGGCCGUCCUGCCCUGCCGCAUGCUCGUUGAGAGGUGUGACUUCUCCUUUUCCUCUGGGAAUUCCAGACUGACCAUCUACCAUGACUAACAAUGAACAAAGGGCUUAGGGGUAAGAGCUACCUACAAAGACGUGUCAUGGAAGCCUUCACCAUGCAAUGCCUUGAACUCAGCUCUGGCUGCUCCCAAGAAAAGGUGGCUGGCUAGGGGCCUGGACACAAGCACAACAGGGCUGGUGGAGCCACAGUGCAGAGCUACUUGAACAUUCACUGGGUCCUCAUCAACUCCUUUUGUAACACAGACCACUCAAGGGCUGAAGUGUUGGUAACCUUCAUUCCGGUGUCCAAUGCCUCACAGCAGCUGAGCCACCCUGAGAUGCUUGUGGUCACAUAAUGGCCACAGUCAGAGCUUUGAAAGUCAGUACCAAAUGAACGUAUAAUUGGACACCAAAAAUCAAGUGUUACUCUCAUGUUUCCUCACCCUAUCAUCUCAUUUCUUCCUGCUGACUGUGAUUUCUACACUAAGUUGACCAGUCAGGCUGCGGCUGGCUGCACACAGAUGCCAGCCAGCACCAUCUCCUGGUUUCAGAUAGACCUACUCUGUGGGAAGGACGUGGCCUAGCUGCUUUGUUUCUGUAGCACUUGAUGGCUGGAUUUUUCCCUUUGCUAAUCACUAACCAGAAAGUCUGGCUAGGACUCAGAUCACUCCCUUCAAUCCCCAGGACCAGACAGAGAGUUAAUUCUGGAAAAUUCAGUACUUGAAUGUACCUGCCUUACUGUGUACCCAUUCACUGGGGGGAGGGGGGAACUAGAAAUGCCAGCUCUAGAUAGCCACUUCAUUCACAGAUUAUUUUUGGGAAUCCUGUAAGUUAUACUUCCUGUCCUGAUUUGUUUUGUUUUGUUUUGUUUUGAACAUUUGGCUGACUCCUGCCGAGGUGGGCCAGUUCCUGUGGGGCUCAGGGCAGGUGCCCUUCUCAGGCAUGGCCUCCCUUCCAUCUAGCACAGCGUCUGUGUCUCUCUGUUCUGUCUCCUCCAAAUCCAAGAUGAUUUUAAUUAGUACAGACAUGUACAGUCUACAAUUAAAGAGUGAUUUGUACUAAUAUGAUUUUGAUUAUUCCUCUUUGCUGUCCUUUCAAGACACUUGCUGGAAAAAGCUUUAAUGCACUUAGUUUUCCUUUAGGUUUUCUAUAACUCAGAUGUAAAGGACUUUCUCUGUACAGUAUAUUAUCCAAUGCAUGUUUGUUCUCUAGCCUAAUAUAUUGAACACCACACAGUCGUGAACUCGUGCAGGGGGGACGCCCCACACCUAGCGAGGCCUCCAGCCCCGUGUAUAAGGAAGACAUUUCCUUUGCUGUACUUGCUUGAACAGUUUUAUUGUCUGUACAUGUGAGCUGUGUGAGAUAGAUGUGAAAAGUUCAAAUGAAUGCAUUUUCCUGCCCCAUGUAUACAGAGCGUCAGCUGUACAAUGAACUGUAUGUAUGAAAGCAAAUGUACUUAUUUAUAAAUGGUCAACACUUGGAGAAA